AUGACACCAGGUUAUUAUAAAAAACUGGCAGAUUCGCCUGAUAUAUUUACCAUAAAUGAAUCUCAUUAUGUCAAACAGUUAGAGGCUACUGCAGUAUUAGCCGAACGUUUACAAAGUCAAGUCAAUUAUGGUUUGUUUAAAGGUUCCAUUGAAAGGCAACAGUUGGCCUCCACACUAAAAUUUUCUUUGACAGUGGUCUGCGAUUUUGGUAAGAAUCUUUGUAUGUAUAGCUGCCAACAGGAUCCGUAUCGAAGGCAAAUGGAACUGAAACGUGUUAUCAAUGGUGAAGAUUUGGACCCAUGCGAACAAAGUAAACAAUAUAGCCUGAAGGAUGUAGUCAAAUCAACGGAUCAACACCGUCAGCAUUUGAACCACACAUUGAUUUCGAAAAGAACGCUAACAAAUGCUCCUUGUGUACCAUCAUCCAUCCAUCUCUGCAGUAUAUUGUUUUUGGGUUUGGCACUCGUAUUCUCUCUUAUGGCCGUUAUAUGUUCCUGUAUCAAUUUGAAAUUUCAUCCUGUCGAACGAAUAUUCAAUAUUUUCGGCCUAUAUAUUUGGAAUGCCAUUGCAGCUGGGUGCUGUUUUUGGUCUUUGGCCUUGUGGGGCGCUAUGUUUGGUAGUCAUUUGCGUUACAACAUCGCCAUUACGGAUACAUUACGUCAACAGCUGAAUUUUUCCUCUGAAGGAUAUGCCAGCUUAGGCGGUGCAUAUUAUUCGUUAGUUGUUGUCAUGGUCUUGCACAUCAUUAAUCUUGCUUUGCUCUUUGCAAGGAGAUAUUUUGUUGAUGUACAACCGCAUUCGGUAACAAAUAAUUUGAACUACGAUGAUGCUGAGCCUAGAUUAGAGUUUUAUUAA